UCAAUCAGAUUUCUUUUCCAACAUGGUGGUUGACGCAGCAUACGCAGUGAGGACGUCAGAUGGUAAAGGGGGUUACAGAUAUCCAAUCAAGGCAGUGAAUAUACUCAAAGCACACGGACAGAGUUCCAGUGAAAGUGUUCUUGUCAAGGGUUACGCUCUUAAUUGUACAGUUGCAUCACAAGCUCUACCAAAGAAAAUAACUGGAGCGAAAAUAGCAUGUUUAGACUUCAGCUUACAGAAGGCCAAGAUGAAGAUGGGGGUGCAGGUGUUGAUAGAAGAUCCAAAUCAGUUAGAAUUAGUUAGACAGAGGGAAUCUGAUAUCACAAAGGAAAGGAUAGAGAAAAUUUUAUCGACAGGAGCAAAUGUAAUUCUGACCACAGGAGGGAUAGAUGAUUUAUGUCUGAAGUAUUUUGUUGAAGCAGGUGCAAUGGCAGUAAGAAGAUGUAAGAAGAUUGAUCUGAAGAGAAUUGCUAAGGCAACAGGAGCUGUUCUCGUGACGACACUGGCUAACCUGGAAGGUGAAGAGACCUAUGAAGCGUCGUAUCUAGGUCAAGCCGAGGAGGUUGUACAGGAUAGAAUCUGCGAUGAUGAACUCAUUCUCAUUAAAGGAACAAAGGCAAGGUCAGCGGCCAGUAUCAUCUUGCGUGGAGCAAAUGAUUUCUACUGUGAUGAGAUGGAGAGAUCUGUACAUGACGCUCUUUGUGUAGUGAGGCGUGUUCUAGAAUCGAAGACUGUGGUGCCAGGAGGCGGGGCCGUAGAGGCAGCACUGUCAAUCUAUCUGGAAAACUAUGCCACGUCAUUGGGUUCUAGAGAACAGCUGGCCAUUGCUGAGUUUGCACGUUCGCUGCUGGUUAUACCAAAACAGUUGGCUGUGAACGCAGCACAGGACUCCACUGAUCUGGUAGCGAAACUGAGGGCUUACCACAACAUGUCUCAAGUGAAACAAGAUCAGAGAGAACUAAGGAUGGUUGGACUGGACUUGUACAAGGGAGUCGUCAGAGAUAACAAGAAAGCCGGUGUCCUAGAACCAGCCAUCUCAAAGAUAAAAUCCCUGAAGUUUGCCACCGAAGCCGCUAUUACCAUCCUCAGGAUCGACGAUAUGAUCAAAUUAGCGCAGGAACAGAAACAAGGCAGUGCUUAUCAGCAGGCACUCAGAUCUGGACAAUUAUAACUUUAAUUAAUGAAUAGUCGGCUUAUGUUGAUAGUAGAAUUUUUUUUCGAACAAAUGAGUAAAAGAAGGCCAAUAAAAAUGCAUAUUUAUAGAAUUCAGACAUGAAAUGGUACUCGGAUAAAGAAGUACACAAAGCAAUGUGUUGAGAUAUGAGAGUGAAAAUAACGGAACUUCAAUCAGUAACACAGUAAAUUGUAGUUUUGUCAUAAAAAUACUCUAAAAAAUUCAUUGAAGAAAUUUGCAAAUAUGAAGUCUUGGGCAGUAAUAUUGGUAGAUAGGAUGAGAUUGAUAAUUCAGUUUGUUUAUCUGUGUAUAAGGUCUAAGACUUCUCAUAUAAUGUCAUUCUUUUGUGAGUGAAAAAAAAAACAACAUCAAAAUAUAUAUGUUUGGAUAUAACAAUAUUUGAUAUAUAUUUGUACUGUUUUGUCAUCGGUGAGCAUUAAGAAGUGAUAAGCGCUAUUUUGGGCUGUCAGUUGAAUGGCUGCCAUGUCUGUUUGAAUUUACUUAUUUAAAUGAUACUAAGUGCUAAAUGCAUUUUAAAAUAAUUGAAUCACAAUUUUCUAGACAGUCUAUAUAUGCAAACUGUCUAUAUUCAGAGAAUGUCAAAUAUGUCUGGGAGAAUCUUUAAGUACUUUACUGACAGUUUUAAGUCAUCUGGAGUAAAUAGAUCUACAUUUUGAAGGGUAUUUAUCACUUAUAAAAUUAAAUGUGCUGUAAUGCUGGAAUACAAAUAAUGUGUUCGGAUUAUUUUUGUCACGAUUUAUUUAUUUACAAAUCCAUCCUGUCAUUAUUUCAUUGUGAUGCUUUUCUCUUUUUUUUGUAUGAGCUAAUAAAAGUUUUUAUAGUA